AUGGCUUCCCGCCGACUGGCUUUCAACCUGCACCAGGCUCUCCGGAGCCGUGCGGCCCUCAAGUCCAUCCAGCCCGUGAAGCGAGGCUUUGCCUCCCCGGUUCUGCCGUCCACCACCCAGUCGACCACCCUCUCCAACGGAUUCACCAUUGCUACCGACCACUCGCCAUGGGCCCAGACCUCCACCGUCGGUGUUUGGAUCGAUGCCGGUUCCCGGUCAGAGACUGACAAGACCAACGGUACCGCUCACUUCCUUGAGCACCUUGCCUUCAAGGGCACCAACAAGCGCUCCCAGCACCAAUUGGAACUCGAGAUUGAGAACAUGGGCGCUCACCUGAACGCCUACACCUCGCGCGAGAACACCGUCUACUACGCCAAGGCAUUCAACAACGAUGUUCCCAAGGCCGUCGACAUCCUCUCCGAUAUCCUCCAGAACUCCAAGCUGGAGCCCGCCGCUAUCGAGCGUGAGCGCGAUGUGAUCCUGCGCGAGCAGGAGGAGGUUGACAAGCAGCUCGAGGAAGUUGUUUUCGAUCACCUCCACGCCACCGCUUACCAGGGCCAGCCCCUCGGUCGCACCAUCCUCGGCCCCAAGGAGAACAUCCAGACCAUCUCCCGGGACAACCUGACCGACUACAUCAAGACCAACUACACCGCUGACCGCAUGGUCCUGGUCGGUGCCGGUGGUACCCCCCACGAACAGCUCGUCCGCCUCGCCGAGGAGCACUUCGGCGGUCUCCCCAACAAGCCCCCGACCUCUGCUGCUCUGGCCCUGACCGCCGAGCAGAAGCGCACCCCCGAGUUCAUUGGCUCCGAGGUCCGUCUUCGUGAUGACACUAUCCCCUCCGCUCACAUCGCCCUUGCCGUCGAGGGUGUCAGCUGGAAGGAUGAUGACUACUUCACCGCUCUCGUUGCCCAGGCCAUCGUCGGCAACUGGGACCGUGCUAUGGGCCAGUCUCCCUUCCUCGGCAGCAAGCUCAGCUCCCACGUCAGCCACCACCACCUCGCCAACAGCUUCAUGAGCUUCUCCACUAGCUACAGCGACACUGGUCUUUGGGGUAUCUACCUUGUGUCUGAGAACCUGACUCAGCUCGACGACCUGAUCCACUUCACCCUCCGGGAGUGGUCUCGCCUCUGCAACAGCGUCUCCUCCGCCGAGGUCGAGCGCGCCAAGGCCCAGCUCAAGGCUUCCAUUCUCCUGUCCCUCGACGGCACCACCGCCGUUGCUGAGGACAUUGGCCGCCAGAUCAUUACCACCGGUCGCCGUCUCAGCGCUGAGGACAUCGAGCGUACCGUCAGCCAGAUCACCGAGAAGGAUGUUAUGGACUUCGCCACCCGCAAGCUGUGGGACCAGGACGUCGCCAUGAGCGCCGUCGGCAGCAUUGAGGGUAUCCUCGACUACCAGCGCAUCCGUAACGACAUGUCUCGCAACCUGUCGUAA